ACACCGUUUCUUUGUGAGGGAAAGCACGCUAGCGGCUUAAAGGAGUUAGCAUUAUGCUAUCGCUAAAUCGCGAGUGGGGGUUUCCCUGUUUAAAAUCAACAAAACGUUAUAACCGUUAAACAGUUUUAAUAAAGAGAUCCCUGGAACACACACACACACACACACACACACACACCACACGCUCACACUCACACACACACACACACAGCUAUUCUUUCCUCCCGUUCCCACACUUAACGGCAGCUACAGAGCAGCAGCUCCUUGCUGCAGACAGAAGUUUACUCUACAGCAUUCAGCAUGAAAAUGAACCAAGUAGCAUUAAAUAGACAUAACAGGUUAAAAGGAAAUGCCAGCUGUUGUUUCAGAGCAUUCGUUAAGCAGAUGUUUUUCAGGGAUGCAUAUUUACAUGUAAAUAAAAAUAAAUACAACUUUAGAAAGACAAAUUCUACUGAGUAAAUGUAUAAUAUAAUGACUUAGUUAUCAAUAAUAAUACUGAAAACACAAUAGCAUUCUGCUAAAACACAGCUAAAGUUCAUUUAGCUGGGAUUCCCUGUGUUUUCAUGUACAUUACACCAGGCCCGGAGUAGCUAAUCGGGAGGGUCUGGAGAAUUCCCGGUGGGCCGCGCGAUGUUUGGGCCGCAUGGGCCGGUGCUCUCGUUUUUGUUUUUUAUCAUUUUUAUUUUUUUGUGCCGGUGUUCAGUCAUGGCACUGAGGCCGCCGGGCUGAUCUCAUACGCUCCUCCCGGCUGUCUCUGGCUGGCUCUACCUGCAGGCUGCCGCUCGUUAUUUUUUUUCCCCGUAUGCGCCUGUGCGCACCACGUGACCAUGCAGUUGACGGAAAGAUGGAAAGUAGAAAGAGCAAGGGUGGCGCGGAGAAGGCAAGAAUUAAAAAGAGGAAAGCGCUGGAAACAGAUGCAGCUAAAUGUGCCAAAAUGAGCACCUUUUUUCUCAAACAAGCUUGCGGUCUUUAACUUCAAAUGAAGAUAAAACGGGUAAGGCAAGUCAAGAUGUUAAACUUUACCAGCUGCAAAUCACCAUUCAAGUUAAUUAAGCAUCAAUAAUGAAUUAUAUGGCAUCAUGACAUAACGUUAUGUAAUAUAAUUAACAGUAUGAUGUGACUGAUGCCACCAAACUCUUGUAGCCCCUCAGAGUCAAACACAAGAUCCAGUAGGCCUAAUAAGCACCAGGCAGAAGCCCACAGUUCCAGAGCGGGCAUGUACAGUGUCAGAAGAAGAGCCAGCAGUGAGGGUAUUGCUCCUGUUGGGAUAGAAGGUGAGCCAACUCAUGCACAAACAUCAGUUUCAUUAUAAUAAUUUUAACCCUUUGAUGCAUAAUGGUCUCUACAGUGGACAGGUACUCAAAAUUGUUAUUUAUUUAUUUUUGCUAUUAAGCACAGCUGUUGAAGACUUUAUUGCAUGUGAGCCCCUCCAUUUGUGCUUCAGCAAGUCAAGCCAACAUAUUUCAUGUUCAGAACGCACGCUGUCCCCUGAGUUGGACAUGUAAUAAACUAUUUGUAAAUUAACAAAAUUUUACAAAAGAUAUUUGUUGAAAUUUGUUUCAUUCACACCUAAAUAUGAAUGAAAAAAAUUGUUUAAAAAAUCGUGGUUGAAGAUUUCAUUAUUCAUGCAUCAAAGGGUUAAUGUCCAAAUAAUAGUAGUGACCUGUUGUAUUUUUAUUAGUAAAUGCACAAAGCCCACAACAGAUCGCUAUUAGAAUGAAAGUAAAAUGAAAUAAGCCUGCAUAUUUUGCCAUAGAAAAUAUUUUAAUUGGUUACAAAAAAUGUGUUUUCCAUAUCAAAUGUGCUAAAGCUUUACAGAUGAUUAUUUUAAUUGUGUGCAGGUGAGUCUAGGGAAACUGGAAAAAGUGUGAAAGGGAGUGCUGAGUCAUUUCAUUUUAAAGGUUUGAAAAUCUCAGAACAGCGGUUUGAACAGAAGGUAGAUUGUUAUAUUGUUAGAGAAUGUGUUGUAAAGAACAAUGUUGGAGAUGUGCACUGAUGUUCAAAUAAACCUACAUUGUAAAGCAACUCUUUCUUGCACAGAAUUACAAGGCUUUACCGAGUAAUGUGCUUUUGUAGACUAUACACAUAAAGUUCUAACAUGAUUUUAAUAAUAAUUCGUUAAGUGGGCCGGUCUGGGGUCUGAAACUCCAGGGCUGAAAAUGUGUCCCACUCCGGCCCUGCAUUACACGUCCGUGAAGCUGCGUCUUGGCCAGGACUCCCUUGAAAGUAAGGUUUGUGAUCUCAAUGGGACCUUCCUGGUUAAAUAAAGAAGAAAUAAAUAAACUCACUACUUCUUCAUGUAAACUCUAAACGAAACCUUUUGGUGCUCUUGGCUCAGCUGGAGACGAGGAACCCUGAGGUUGUGUUGCUGUUUACCUUUUCAGCUCCCAGCCCUCUGCUGAUAUCACACCUUGCUUUCCUCGUUUGCUUCAUGAGAUGCUGCCAUGCUGGGUUUGACUUUUAGUGAGCCACCAGACAACUAAACAGGAGAAACCAUUGUUAGUAUUUUUGUAGAGCAUCCAUCUUCAAUUUAGUCAGUAGCUGGAAGAACAGAAGAGAACUCUGUGAACUCUGGUGACCAAAGGUCCUCUUCUCCAGGCUGGAUCUGUCCUCAGCUGAUCAGAACCAAAGCGUUGGAUCUUUAAUCUCCUGCGUUGUUCUGAAGCAGCAUCUUAAUCAGCUCACCUGCUUUGUUUCUAUUGCAGCUGUUAGCUAAACACGGCUAAAGAAAACCUGCUACCACUUCAGGAUCAUCCAUCAGCUGGGACUGAUUCAUCGUGUGUUCUUCACCACCUGGACCUGGACAGCAUGCACACAGACGUUUUCCCGGGACCGGACAAACAUCGCUAGAGGAGGUGCGCAGCUCUGGAUCGUUGAUUGCUUCCGGGCCGGUACGCCGCUCAGGUCUGACCGCUGCUUUGAUCAUGUUAUACUUCUCAAUCGACUGGAGAAGUUUGUUGGUCUCUCUGGUUCAGCGCUCUUCUGGAUGAGUUCCUACCUGUCUGACAGAUUUUCAACAGGUGGUUCUGGUUAAAUAAGAAGCUUCAGAAGAACAGAGUGCUCAUGUCAACCACCAGCACCUAGAUUUUCUCCACAAAAAGGAGGAACAGGAGAAACUCUGGUCUAGUAUGGAGGGAGAGCAUCUCCAUUUGAAUAAGGAGACUGAUGCUGCCAGAUUUCAAUCCUUUAGCCAUCAAACACAUUUAAACAAACACACAAGAGUCCACACAAAGCAGAAAAAUUUUGCCUCUGAGCUCUGUGGACAAAGAUUUAGCCGAAAGACAACUUUAAAUAAUCACAUGAGGGUCCACACAGGAGAGAAGCCUUUUGCUUGUGAGCUCUGUUGACAAAGAUUUAGCCGAAAGACACAUUUAAACAGUCACAUGACAGUCCACACAGGACAGAAGCCUUUUGCCUGUGAGCUCUGUGGACUAAGAUUUAGCCGAAUGACAUAUUUAAACAGUCACACGAGAGUCCACACAGGACAGAAGCCUUUUGCCUGUGAGCUCUGUGGACAAAGAUUUAGCCGAAAGACAACUUUAAACAUUCACAUGAGAGUCCACACAGGACAGAAGCCUUUUGCUUGUGAGCUCUGUGGACAAAGAUUUAGCCAUCAGACAACUUUAAAUAGUCACAUGAGAGUCCACACAGGAGAGAAGCCUUUUACUUGUGAGCUAUGUGGACAAAGAUUUAGCCGAAAGACAAUUUUAAAUAGUCACAUGACAGUCCACAUAGGACAGAAGCAUUUUGCUUGUGAGCUAUGUGGAAAGAAAUUUAGCUUAAAGUCAACUUUAAACAGUCACAUGAGAGUCCACACAGGAGAGAAGCCUUUUGCUUGUGAUCUCUGUGGACAAAGAUUUAGCCAAAAGACAUCUUUAAACAGUCACAUGAGAGUCCACGCAGGACUGAAGCCCUUUCCUUGUGGGCUCUGUGGAACGAGAUUUAGCCAAAAGACACAUUUAAACAGUCACAUGAAAGUCCACACAGGAGAGAAGCCCUUUGCUUGUAAGCUCUGUGGAAAGAAAUUUAGCUUAAAGUCAUAUUUAAACAGUCACAUGAGAGUCCACACAGGAGAGAAGCCUUUUGCUUGUGAGCUCUGUGGAACGAGAUUUAGUCAUCGGAAAACUUUAAAUAAUCACAUGAGAGUCCACACCGGACAGAGGCCUUUUCCUUGUGAGCUCUGUGUAAAAAGAUUUAGCCAAAAGGCACAUUUAAACAGACACAUGAGAGUCCACACAGGAGAGAAGCCUUUUGCCUGUGAGCUCUGUGGACAAAGAUUUAGCCAUCAGAAAACUUUAAAUAAUCACAUGCGAGUCCACACAGGACAGAAGCCUUUUGCCUGUGAGUUCUGUGUAAAAAGAUUUAGCCAACAGACACAUUUAAACAGACACAUGAGAGUCCACACUGGCUUUUCGCCUGUGAGUUCGGUGGAAAAGAUUUCCCCAAAAGAUCAAUUUAAACGGUCACAAAAGAGUCCAUAAAGGACAGGAGCAUUUUGCUUGUGAGCUCUGUGGACAAAGAUUUCGCUGAAAGAAAACUUUAAACAAUCAUCUAAGCAUCCACUAGGGCUGAACGAUCUAUUGCAGGGGUCUCCAACCUUUUUUGGCCCUUGAGCUCCUUUUACACAAUGAAAGUACAGCAGAGUUACUGCCAUAUAAUUUAUUUACAUUGAUACUUUCCAUGUGUGAAUGUGCUUAUGUUAAACAUGCUAUACUUACUAUAUUAACAUGCAUUGUAUUCACAAGUUGAUUUCUCUGUAUUUCAGUACAUCAGUAUAUAUAUAUAUAUAUUUUUAAAGUAUAAGUAAACUAGUGACAUUCUGAAAACCAAAUUGAACAAAAAAAAUUUAGUUUUUUUUAACUAAUCAGAUACUUUCAGAUAGCGAAUAACAAAUCUACUUCAUGUGAAUGAUUUGAUAAUUUUUUUAGAAGAUUAGUAACAUAACUUUUUAAGCACACAGGAACAGCUAACCUGUAAAGCUGAUGAUAUUUUAUAUAAAAUACAAGCUAAAUGAGAUGAAAACACAAAAGUCUAAAUAGUUUGAAUUGAAGUAAAAAAUGUAAAAUCAGAAAUAAGACUUGUUCCUGCCCUCCUGAUUUAUUGAAUGAUUUUUAUGGGUUUUUUUGGUCAUGAAAUUUAAGUUUUGCUGCGUUUAUUGCUGAUAAUAUGAAGGUUGGAGGUUUAUCCUUUUUUCUGCGUCUUGUAGGUUUGUUUUUCUUCGCAGGUCUGAAGGCUGUGCGUUACACAGAGCAGAGAGACACAGAGCAAGAGACCAGAACCAAAAGAAAUGAUCACAUCACACCAAUCUUAAAAUAUUUACAUUGGCUUUCAGUAACUUACAGGAUUGAUUUCAAAUACCUUUUUCCUUACUUUUAAAUCAUUAAAUGGCCAACGACCUCUGUAUAUAGCAGAGAUGUUUGAAACGUAUCACCCUUCAAAAUCACUUAGGUCAGCAGAUAAAUCCCAACUGGUACAAACCAGAGCCCGCACCAAGCACGGAGAGGCUGCCUUUAGCUGCUAUGCGGUCCAUUUCUGGAACUGUCUUCCAAUAGACAUUAAGACCUCUCCCACCAUUUCCAUUUUUAAAUCCAGAUUAAAUACUAAACUUUUUCAUGAUGACUUCCAUUAAUCUAUCCUUGCAUCUGUGCUCUACUAGGUCUUUAUCUGUACUGUGUUAAAUUUAUUCUAUAUGUAUUUUUUAUGUAUACCUAUUCUGUGCUGUUUUAUUUUGUAAUAAUGUGUAAUUAAAGUGAAUAGUUGUAAUAAAGUGUAGUUAUUGUGUAAAGCAGUAUAUACUAGGAAUAAUGUGUAAUUAAAGUGAAUAGUUGUAAUAAAGUGUAGUUAUUGUGUAAAGCAGUAUAUACUAGGAAUGAUUAAUAAAAAUAAAAACUAGAAUUGAACCUGAGAUACAUGGUAAUAACAAUUUAAGAACUCAGAAACAACAACACACUAACUUACUAAGUAAUUACCAUGUAAGUACUAAGUAAUUAGAGGACUGUUAAAGAAAGUGCUACCAAAAUUGUACUUAAUAUGCUUUUAUUUUUGUGUACUAUGUUCUAUGUCAAUAUUCUUUUAUUUUAUUUUACACAACAUGAUGUGACAUUUUAACUAUUUCUUUUCACUUGUGAUUGUUUUAACUAUGUGAAGCACAUUGGGCUACCGUUUUGUGUAUGAAAUGGGCUAUGUAAUAAACUUGACUUGAGAGAGUUCACAA